AUGAAUUAUCUUCUUGGAGCUUUCAAGCCUGCAUGCAAUGUCCUGAUCUCAUUUACUGAUGGAAAAAACCGUAAGCAGGUUCCAUUUAAAAAAGAAAAUGGCCAGUCAGUUACAGUCCCUCUUUUCCACAGUCAAGAAAACAUUGCUGGAAAGAUUACAAUAGAACCAAUGCAAGGGAAGAAGAUUGAUCACAAUGGCAUAAAAGUUGAGCUCCUUGGACAAAUAGAGAUGUAUUUUGACAGAGGGAAUUUUUAUGACUUUACUUCCCUUGUACGUGAGCUAGAUGUUCCUGGAGAAAUUUAUGAAAGGAAAACAUAUCCAUUUGAAUUUUCUACUGUUGAAAUGCCAUAUGAGACAUACAAUGGGGUGAAUGUGAGACUUAGGUAUGUCUUGAAAGUGACCAUUAAUCGUGGUUAUGCAGGAAGCAUAGUUGAGUACCAGGAUUUUGUGGUUCGCAACUAUUCUCCACUCCCACAGAUUAAUAACAGCAUCAAGAUGGAAGUUGGAAUAGAAGAUUGUCUGCAUAUUGAAUUUGAGUACAACAAAAGCAAGUAUCACUUGAAAGAUGUUAUCAUUGGCAAGAUAUACUUCUUACUUGUCAGAAUCAAGAUAAAAAACAUGGACCUUGAGAUUAGACGCCGAGAAUCCACAGGAUCAGGGACCAACACCCAUGUGGAGACAGAAACAUUGGCUAAAUUCGAGUUGAUGGAUGGUGCUCCUGUCAGAGGUGAGUCAAUACCGAUCAGACUGUUCCUCAGUCCUUAUGAGCUGACACCGACUCAUCACAACAUCAAUAACAAAUUCAGUGUGAAGUACUUCUUGAAUCUUGUGUUGGUUGAUGAAGAGGACAGACGGUAUUUCAAGCAGCAGGAAAUCACAAUGUAUAGGCUGGAGGAAACUUCAUGA